AGCUCAGCUUCCUGUUUAGAUCCGGACAACCUUGGAUUUUCUCAUCGCGGCACACGAGCGGUUCUGAUGUAGUUUAGACUUCAUGGUUCUCGUGUCCUGACAGGUCCUCAUAAUUGACUGUAUAUAUUCAUAAUCACAUAUAAUAAUAGUGUAUAUUUCUGUGGGUUUUACUGCAGUAAAUCCGCGUUAGCCAUGAAAAAACCCGACGGAAGCCGCUGAAGACUAAACACAGGAAAUGUCUUUUCCAAAGAUGACACGCCUCCUCUCGCUGAGGUCGCUGACCUCCGUCCACCAGCAGCUCCUCCUUCCCUCCAUCCCGACCCGCCUUGUUCCCAGCAGAACUCUGACCCAGAAUGAGUACCGGCGGCCCGGUAAACCCAGAGAGAAUUUGCCGCCGUGGCUGAAGAUCAAGUUUGACCUUUCAAAAGGUCUGGAAGGAAUAAAGAAGCACUUUGCGCUCCUGAAGAAGGAGUUGACCGACCCGUGGGUGGGUCCGGAGGGGAGGCCGCUCAUCGAGCACAUGCUGGAGCAGAACCGGGUGGUGUGGGAGUUCAGGGGCCCGGAGAGCCUGGAGCAGUGGACACUGUCCUCCGACAGAGAGAUCGGCGGUCAAAGUGAGAUCCACCUGAAGCUGGGGAGGAACAACAACACCUGCUUCCUGUACGGGACGCUGUGUUCGGCGCCCCCGAAGGACGGCGAGACCCGCUACAGCGGCUACUGCACCGUGCGCUCCAAACAGCCGCUGGCUUCGUUCGAUCGGAAAAAGCACCACGACUGGUCCAGUUUCAACAGCCUGCACCUGCGGAUCCGCGGGGACGGCCGUCCGUGGAUGAUCAACAUCGCAGCAGAAACCUACUUCUCCCACCAGAAAGACGACAUUUACAACUACUUCCUGUACACCAGGGGGGGGCCCUACUGGCAAGACGUGAAGAUUCCUUUCUCCAAGUUCUUCCUCACACAUCGAGGGAGAAUCCAGGACGACCAGCAUCCUCUCUGGCUGGAUAAGAUCAACACCAUCGGCUUCACGCUCGGAGACAACGCCGACGGGCCGUUCCAGCUGGAGAUCGACUUCAUCGGCGUCUGCAAAGAUUUCGCUCACACUGAAGAGUUCGCCUACGAGAAGUACAAGAGGAACCCCGAAGUUUGACCGUCGUUCUUCAUCCAAACCAGCCGACUCGGCGGUUUUUCCUCCAUGUAAAUAAAGUCACCGUUUCCAUAGAAAGUUUGUCUUUUUAUUAUAAAACAAACUGGAACAAUAAAAACAAAAAAACAGCA